UUUGAGGGAGAGACCCAAGGAAUGGUGCAACGUCCCAGAAAAGGAGAAGGGAAGGGGGAGAGAAGUGAAAGAGGGGACCGCUUGGUGCCAGAGCUAAAGGAUUCGUAGAGAUGAAAAGGUUUUGAAGUGAGGAAGCAGGCAUGAUCCGCCGACCAGCUGCCUGGAUCAUAAGCCAGGUAGGUGCACUGUCCUUGCAAACUGAAGUGUAAUUGCUUCAAACCCUUACUGUUCUUAACACGGGAAUCUCAUCGUCCUUACCUGUACCUCCAGAGAUUCAUAGGGAACUUACAGUUCACCUGUCUCUAACCCCAGUAUUUUUUUCCAAAAAAACAAAAAACCUCUUACUAUGCUCUUUCAGGAAAUCUAUCACCAUACCCUGGAUAUGACCCCAUUUAUGCUCCCUCAAUAUAGUGCACAGAGUGUGGAAACAAAAAAAAAAAAUGUCCAGUGUUAUGUGAUUGUUAAAUAAAUUACUUUAUUUGUAGCCAUUAAAAACAGUGUUGAAAAAAAAAAUUUUAUGACAUGGGAAAUGUUAAAAAGUACAUUAUAAGGGCCGAGGGUGGCUACCCACUUGUGUAAUCUCAGCACUCCGGAGGCUGAGGCAGGAGUACUGCUGCGAGUUUGAGGCCUACCUGGGCUACAAAGUGAA